CUUCAGUCCGCCGUGUGUUGGUCCGUAUCACGUGUCCCCGAUCCCGGAUUUCGUCGUCGUCGUCGCGUCGACUGUCGUUUUUUUUAUCGUUCGCGGCGUACACGCGUGUUUGUCGCCUUUUCGGAGAUUCCAGAGGUUCGCGUUCGGCUAUUUUCCCGUCGGAAAUAUUAUACUUUCGUUUUCCCGCGCUUCGCCGCCUCGGCUCCGACGGUUGUUUUUUUGAAUUCUUAAAUUGUAUUCUCGUCGCCCGGUUUACGAACACACGUUUCCGACACCCGCGUACAAUAACAAUAAUAAUUAAAAAUAUACAUGUAAAAAAAAAUAAUAUAUAUACAAAAAUACGCAUAUUAUAUUGUCGUAUAAAUAGACGCGACACACCGCAGAAAAGAAGAUACUUCAAACGAAGUAUACCAUUCUACUGGUCCAUCGUACCCAAGUCCAUCGAGUAUGCUUCUAUUCCAGACACAGACCACAUUCACGCCGAGCAGUUUUGCCGAGCUGCUGUCCGGUUCGUAUUCCGAGCUGCCGCUGAACGAGGAGAUCGACUCGCUGACCGACGUACACGCCGUGCUGACGGACGCGGCUGAGCAACAACAGCAACCGAUUCACCAGCAACAGCACCAGCAGGAUGGCGGUUCGGGCCUCCAGUUGCCGAGUUUCCAGGAGACGUAUGCCGCCACUGGCGUAGGGUUCAAAAUGGAAGAGGAUUACGGUCCGCCGACCACUGCUGCGGCCGCGGUGACUUCAGUCGCUUAUCAUCAACACCACCAUUCCCAUCUGCACCACCACCACCACCAACAGCAACAACACCAGCAGCAGCAGCAGCAGCAGCAGCAGCAACAUCAGCAUCAUCAGCAACAGCCGGCGCAUCACCAGCUCCUACACCAACACCACGUCCAACAACAACACCAGCAGCAGCACAACGGACAGCAACAUCAGCAACAGCACCACCAUCACGGAUCGGCGCCCCCGGCCCCGCCGCUCAUACAUUUCGACUAUCACUUUCAGCACUUUCCGGGCGCGUUGCCGCCGCCGUCUCAGCAGCCGCCUGAUUCGCCGACCGCCGACCAAGGCGGCACAGCGUCCGUAUUCGAACCUAUGUUGGAUCACGUGGUGGUCAUGUCGCCCAAGCAACACCAUCAACAGCAGCACCACCACCACCCACACCACCAACAACCACACCAACAUCAACAGCAACAGCAGCAGCAGCAGCAGCAACAACAACAGCAUGUCGUCGUUGCCGUCAAUCACCAGCACCACCAUCAACAACAACAACAACAACAACAGUCUCUACAAGUGACUCAGCCGCCGCCGACGACGCCGCGGCCGACGGCCACGUCUCUGAUGAUUGACGCGGCCACGGAGCAGUUGCAGCACGUCGUCAACAACGCCGCUAUGGUGGACGCCGCCGCAAGGUCCUCGAGGACUUCGUCGGUCGCGGCAGUGUUGGCGCUCAGGGCCGCUACCGAUCCGUCAGCUAGCAGCAUGACGCCGAAAAUACGGCAUUGCAUCAACACGCUGUCGGUGACCGUGCCCGUCGAAUGUUCGCCGCCUACGCCGGACGCCGCUUGUAUUAUGCCGCAGAGGAACGCCACCGCCGCCGUGGCCACUGCUCCGUCUUCGCCGUCCCAGUUGUGCGCGGUCUGCGGUGACACGGCCGCGUGCCAGCACUACGGGGUGCGCACGUGCGAAGGCUGCAAAGGAUUUUUCAAACGGACCGUCCAGAAAGGCUCCAAGUACGUUUGUCUGGCCGAUAAAAACUGUCCGGUGGACAAACGUCGACGGAACCGGUGCCAGUUCUGUCGAUUCCAAAAGUGCCUGCAGGUGGGCAUGGUGAAGGAAGUGGUGCGAACCGACUCGCUGAAAGGUCGUCGUGGCCGGUUGCCGUCCAAGCCCAAAUCGCCUCACGGAUCGCCGCCCAGCCCGCCCGUGUCGCUCAUCACCGCGCUCGUUCGGGCCCACGUCGACACCAAUCCAGAUUUCUCGUCGUUGGACUACUCGCAGUAUCACGAACCAAAGCCGUUUGAGCCACUGAUCACCGAAGCGGAAAAAAUUCAACAGUUUUUCGGACUGCUCACGACAUCCGUGGAAGUUAUUAGACAUUUCGCCGAAAAGAUACCGGGAUUCAAAACUCUGUGCAAAUCGGAUCAAGAUUUAUUAUUUCAGUCAGCGUCUUUGGAACUAUUCGUGCUCCGUCUCGCGUACAGGACAAAAUACGCCGAUACGAAACUAAUAUUUUGUAACGGGGUGGUUCUGGACAAACAACAGUGCCACAGGAGCUUCGGCGAUUGGUUACAAGCAAUAUUAGACUUCAGUCAAUCAUUACACUCGCUGGACAUCGAUAUAUCAUCUUUCUCUUGCCUGUGUGCCUUAACUCUGAUUACAGAACGGCACGGUCUCCGGGAAGCGAAAAAAGCUGAACAGAUCCAGAUGAAAAUCAUCAAUUCUCUGCGGGAACACAUCACGUACAGCAUGUCCGAUUCGCAGCGCAAGUCUUAUUACUUCUCGAGACUACUGGCAAAACUGCCCGAGUUGCGUUCGCUCAGCGUGCAGGGGCUCCAGCGGAUAUUCUACCUGAAACUGGAAGACCUGGUUCCCGCCCCGCCGUUAAUCGAGAACAUGUUCAUUGCUAGUUUACCAUUUUGAAGAACACGACCAUCCAUCCAUAUAUACGUUAUUAUGUAACGUAAAACCAUCGAAGUGAAUACGAUUUUCUUAGUAACCGGCAUCCGUUAAUCAUAUCUAUUCAAUUCUGUUAUACCUAUACGUAUAUUAUAUUAUUGUUACCUACAUCAAUACUUAAAUAGCGUAUAGUAUUGUACGUAUAUAAGAUAGCGUGUUUCAUUAUUAUUAUUAUUAUUAUUAUUAUUUUUAUUAUUAUUAUCAUUAUUAUUAUUUUUAUUAUUAUUAUUUUUAUUAUUUUUAUUUUAUUAAUACUUUUAUUUUAUUUUUUCGUUGAGUUUCGAAAUUUAUCCAAGCCCGCGGUAUAAAGAUCCUCUUAAAGUCUAGGCCACGUAACUAUUGUUGGAAAAUUUGUUUGCUCCCCCCCCCUCUACUAAACCAAAAAAUGAAAACAACGCUAUCGAAUUUAAACCAUAAAACAUUCAAAAACAAACGUUCCACGGACAGGUCUCCGUUUUUCCACGACCCUACCCCCUACACCACUAUCCACCAACAAUCUAAAACCCCGGGUUUCAAAUAUCAGACAUGAAAAGUUUGCUAUUUUUACAAACGCGUUUUUUACCAUGUUUAUAAAUAUUUCGUGGUUUGGGUCAUACAGUUGUACAUUAUGCUUGUAAAAACUAUAGACGUAUAACCCACAAGAGCACAAUAUUUGAUAAUAAUAUAAUGUCCGACCAAUUUAAUGGAAUUCUGAACACUCUGUACAAAUUGUUUAUGCACACACAUAUUAUUAUGAUGUCUUAAAUUUACUAUUAUUUAGUAAUAAAAUUGUAUUUGCCGUUUAUGCGUUUAGCCUACUUUGAUCAUUAUGUAUAUUAUUAUAGAAAGGUUCACGUUAGUUAACUUUAAUAUUAUUAUGAUACAUUUACGCGUGCACUCCAGUGGUGAGGUGAAUUCAAACGUUGAUGAAGGUCUUUUUUUAACAAAUCAGACCGCUCACCAACGAAUUCCCUAUAAAUAACCUUUUAAAAUUUGAUUUAAAUAUGGGAAUAAACUACAACUACAUAAUACCCCCAUCCACUUAGUAAUACUACACAAGUGGUAGAGGCCUCUAAGACACUUCCUUCGCUAUGCCACUGUAUCUACGCGCAUUUGAGUGUGUCUAUAUGUUUGUGUGUGUGUGUGUGUGUGUGUGUGUGUGUGCGUGUGUCGUAUGAUUGAUAUAUAUGCUUAAAUAAUUAAAUAUAAACCUUAUAGUAUAUAGAAUACAUUGCAUUUAUUUAACUGA